AUGCCUCCUCGAUCCCCCGAUAACCCGUUUCAGGACCUCUUCCUAUCCACCACUAGUCCGUCCACUCCUCCUCCCGCUCCCGCUCCCUCCACCACCACCACCGCAAGCGACCACCUAGACGACCAGUCGCUCCCGCCGGGAACCAUGGUGCGGUACCUCUGGACCUGCCACCUCUGCGGCUACGGUAGCUUCCGCUGCGACUCGUCUUCGACGGCCCUGUGCGUGCAGUGCGCGCACGCAGUCUGCGACGGCUGCACCGCCUUCUUCGGCGCCCGCCUGCUGGAAUGCGUGGACGCGGAGAACCUGCCCGGCCACGCCGCCCCCCCCAACAACCCCCUACCUUCAAUCGCCCAAACAAGCUUGCCUAACCUCGAGACAUCAAUGAGCCGCUGUCGCAGCCACAACCCCGUCCGUCGGUGCCGCGCCGCCUCAGGCCUUCGCCGGCUACGCCACGAACCCUAUGCCCGCCCGACACACGUCCAGCACUGCGUGGUGACCUUUCGCCCCGGCCGCGACGGUCGGCCCGCCCUCGGCACCUUCUUUUACACGCGACCUCGCUUCGAGCGGCCAUCCUUGCCGUUCUCAACCCCGUCCUCGCCGUUGUCCCGCCCCGACCAGACCCGCGACUGCAUCGCCCGUUCCGUCGCCCGCGCCUCCGGUCCGGCCACCAUCGUCAUCCCGCCCAUCCACGAGAUCAGGCCGCGUGACGACGGCACGGCGCCGGCCGGCGUCCCCGUGUGCACCGUGCCACUGGCGCGCUUCUUCGCGGCCGGCGCGCCCAGCGUCGCCCGCGCCCUCGGUCUCGGUCGCCAGCCGGUCAUCUGCGUGCGCGUCGACCCGGUGCUCGCGUUCGUCGCAUAUUACCUGUGCGCCAGCUUCUACGCCGCUCUCGCGGUCUGGGAGGGUGGGAGGGGAGCGGCCACGCGCCAGCCGUCUCGGGCGGCGCCGGAGUGA